AGCUUACAGAUCUUGACUUCAUGUCAACCAAUGUUAAUGUGAUUCAGAAUGUGCAAACAAGCACUUCCUCACUUACUUCAGAUCAUCGCUCAGAUAUUGAUUUGAUCGCUGAGGAUGUUGAUUCUACUACCUCUCGAGCACCAAAAAGGCCUCAUAUAUUAGCAUCAAGAUCUUCUAAACAGGGUGCUAGCUCAUCUCCUAUUAUCAAUGAAUCCGCCGCUCCUUCUUCGUCUUCGGUAACUCCCGUUAAUACUAUCUCUGAGACAGUUCAGAUUCAGAAAGGUAAAAAAAAAUUGUCUGAUUUUGCUUUGAAUUGUCUUGAACAACCUACCAUGGAUGACGCUCAUGAUGAAAAUGUCUAUGCUGAGGAUGUUUCGGUAGAUGACGAUGAUUUGGAGUUACUGUGUCAACAAGAU